AUGCGUAUCAACGCCAGCGCGCGGCGGUACCUCGCCGAUGCGCCUGCGCGCCGCGAGCCUUUCUGGGAAACGUGGUCUUUCCCGCCCGGAGAGCGGCCGGCGCGCGCGGCCUGCCGGGAAGUUGCAGAGCGGACGGAAGCGGCGUCGGCCUUGCCCCUGCCCGGCGGUGGCCGCGUCUGCCGCCCGCCCUCCGUCCGCUCCUUCCCUCCGUUGUCUCAGUGUCCUUGGGCCGUGCGCUGGGGUCCCGGUCCCGGGUGGGCGUCUCCAUCCGUCGUCUCGGUGUCCUUGGGCCGUGCGCUGGGGUCCCGGUCCCCGUCCAGGCGAGGCGGCCCAGCCUCGUCCCCCGGCCGCUCUGGCGGGUCCGGCGCCCCCCGCCUGAGCCGCGUCUCCUCUGUCCCCACGCCAGGGAAGGACCGGAUCAUAUUCGUGACCAAAGAGGACCACGAGACGCCCAGCAACGCCGAGCUGGUGGCCGACGACCCCAAUGACCCCUACGAGGAGCACGGGCUGCUGCUGCCCAACGGCGACAUCAACUGGAACUGCCCGUGCCUGGGCGGCAUGGCGAGCGGGCCGUGCGGCGAGCAGUUCAAGUCGGCCUUCGCCUGCUUCCACCGCAGCGCCGAGCCCGUGAAGGGCGCCGACUGCGUGGGCCAGUUCCGCGCCAUGCAGGAGUGCAUGCAGCGCUUCCCCGACCUCUACCCGCCCGAGGACGACGGGGACGACGACGCCGCGGACGCGGACGGGGACGGCGGGGAGAGGCCGGCGCGGGAGGCCGCCGCCAAGGAGGAGGAGGAGGAGGAGGAGGAGGCCGCCCGCUCCUGAAGGCCCGGCCUCCGCGGGCGCCGGGACCACGGACGGGACGGGCCCUGCAAAGCGCCCGCCCUGCGCCUCCUCGGCCUUGGCCCCGGCCUGCGCAAGGUGCACGGCGCCCGCGUGCUCGGGGACACGGGCGCACGCACAGCCCGGCGGCGCGGGUCCCAGUCGCUCCCGGCCUCGCCCCGCGGGCCCCGGUCUCCGCGUGACGAGGCCUGGGCCUCCCGCCUCGGGGAGGGAGGCCGGCCUCGCGCCCUGCAGCCCGGACGGACCGCGCUGGCCGGGCCGGGGCACAGCCGACACCCGAGGCGGGUCCACUGACUCUGAGCCUGCCCUUUGUUUCCAGUCACCAGACAUAUUUUUAUGUGAAGAGAUAAUAAAUUAUGAAAAGUUAAA